CUCAAUGACUGACUGUAUAUAUGUAGGUACCUUUCCAGAAUCCAAGGCUGGAGUUAAGAGAAGGGCUACAAGAGCAGUGCAGUGCAAUCAGUAAAUAAUCCAUUUUACAUCACGUCUAUUGCCGAAGCGAUGCACUAUACUUUAUAACACGUCCCCUUCCAUAACUUUCUUUGAUUGGUUACAUUUGCAACUUUUAGUAAGAUCAUUUUGCACAGUACAGCACGCACGCAGACGCGGGGAGCAGCUUGACCCGGGGGAGAAGGUAUUCGGCCAUUUUGGUCUAAAGGGGGCCUUGGCUGUCACCACGUGAGUAAGAAGAGCCCGAAAUAGAGCGAGACAACUCCGGGAACUUUGCCUCAAAAAGACGGAGAGGGGAGAGAGAGACAACGUCGAUUCAUGCUUGAAGCUACAGAAGAGUAGCCAGUUUACAGAAUGCCCUCAAUUACUCUACCGCCGAAGGAGAAUGCUCUCUUCAAGAGAAUAUUGGUAACGUUAAGUGCCUAGCUGCCGCUAGCUAACUUGCUAAAUCAAUUUCAAGUAGCAAUAUAGGUUUGAUUCGAGUAGCUUGUAAUAAAACAGCAUGCAAUCAUGUCGUCUUGUUAGCUGACAUGUAUAGUUCCUUCCAUCGCCAACGAAUGUUAACUUUAGCUAACUCGUGGGCUAACAUGUUGCGAGGCACUCGAAAUGGCCUGCCAGAUUGUCAUUAGCCUGCUAGUUAGCGGUUUGUUUGCAACCGGCAGGUAACAUGCAACAUGGCUUGUAGUUAGCUAACUCUGGCUUGUUAUCUUUAGUCCCAGUUUGUUGUAGGGUGGUGGUUUACAAUAAAUGCAUGACUCCAAAACACGGUUGGCAAAUAGUUAGCUAGCUUGCUAACUAGCUACGGCUAGAGAAGUUAGCUAUGUACGCGAACUAGCUAGCUAGCUGCAAACUCAUUCUACAUCCAACCGCACAGGUGUUUAAUCAUUACUCAGCAUUUUAGCAACAAUAUUAUCUGUAACCAUGUAAGCGUUACAUUUCACAUGCACAACGUAUUUGCAUGAUGUCCCCAAAUAUAUUACUUCAAACUUGGGUGUGUUAGCUAAUGCAAUCAUUUGCUACUGAUUGUAUAGCUACUAGAGCUAGCUAGCUAACAAAACCUAGCUAGCCAACUAGCUGUCACUCACGCUUUGCUGAAACACAGACCAGAUGGGGACUAAUUAUACAGUUUGCGUCCUCAUGCCAACGAACUGCACACGUUUAGUCGACUUUCUUUGCUAAAUAUUGAGUACCAUUCACACGUUUGUCCUGUUUCUGGGCAUGGUGUUGAACAGUUAUGUUGGAGUUAUUAUUAUCCAGUUAGGUAGUGUAAUUAGCUGGCCAUCUCUCAAGGCCUGCAAAUUCAAGUAAGCCACGCCUACAGUUUGAACCACAACCUGAUGGUUGCAAACAAAUAUUUUUUUUUUAGCAAAUAGCAAAGUACACUACGUGACCAAAGGUAUGUGGACACCUGCUCGUCAAACAUCUCAUUCCAAAAUCAUGGGCAUUUAAUAUGGAGUUGGUCCCCCCUUUGCUGCUAUAACAGCCUCCACUCUUCUGUGAAGGCUUUCCACUAGAUGUUGGAACAUUGCUGCGGGGACAUGCUUCCAUUCAGCCACGAGCAUUAGUGAGGUAGGGCACUGAUUUUGGGCGAUUAGGCCUGGCUCGCAGUUGGCGUUCCAAUUCAUCCCAAAGGUGUUCGAUGGGGUUGAGGUCAGGGCUCUGUGCAGGCCAGUCAAAAUCAUCCACACUGAUCUCAAGAAACCAUUUCUGUAUGGACCUCGCUUUGUUUACGGGGGCAUUGUCAUGCUGAAACAGGAAAGGGCCUUCCCCAAACUGUUGCCACGAAGUUGGAAGCACAGAAUUGUCUAGAUUGUCAUUGUAUGCCUCCCGAGUGGCGCAGCGGUCUAAGGCACUGCAUCGCAGUGCUUGAGGCGUCACUACAGACCCGGGUUCGAUCCCAGGCUGGGACAGGGAGUCCCAUAGGGCAGCGCACAAUUGGCCCAGCGUUGUCCGGUUUAGGGGAGGGUUUGGCCGGGGGGGCUUUACUUUGCUCACCGCGCUCUAGCGACUCCUUGUGGCGGGCCGGGCGCCUGCAGGCUGACAUCAGUAGUCAGUUGAACAGUGUUUCCUCUGACACAUUGGUGUCUGGGUUAAGAGAGUGGGUGUUAAGAAUCGCGGUUUGGUGGGUCAUGUUUCGGAGGACGCAUGACUCGACCUUCGCCUCUCCCGAGCCCGUUGGGGAGUUGCAGCGAUGAGAGAAUAUUGUUAUUGGAUAUCACGAAAUUGGGGACAAAAAGGGGGUAAAAUAAAGUAAUUGUAUGCUGUAGUGUUAAGAUUUCCCUUCACUGGAACUAAGGGGCCUAGCCUGAACCAUGAAAAACAGCCCCAGGCCAUUAUUCCUCCUCCACCAAACUUUACAGUUGGCACUAUGCAUUGGGGCAGGUAGCGUUCUCCUGCCAUCCGCCAAACCCAGAUUCAUCCACCGGACUGCCAGAUGGUGAAGUGUGAUUAUUCACUCUAGAGAACACGAUUCCACUGCUCCAGAGUCCAAUGGCGGCGAGCUUUACACCACUCCAGCUGACGCUUGGCAUUGCACAUGGUGAUCUUAGGCUUGUGUGCGGCUGCUCGGCCAUGGAAACCCGUUUCAUGAAGCUCCCGACGAACAGUUCUUGUGCUGACGUUGCUUCCAGAGGCAGUUUGGAACUCUGUAGUGAGUGUUGCAAUGGAGGACAGACUAUUUUUACACGCUUCAGCACUCGGCGGUCCCGUUCUGUGAGUUUGUGUGGCCUACCACUUUGCGGCUGAGCCGUUGUUGCUCUUCACAAUAACAGUACUUACAGUUGACCAGGGCAGCUCUAGCAGGGCGGACAUUUGACAAACUGACUUGUUGAAGUGGCAUCCUAUGAUGGUGCCACGUUGAAAGUCACUGAGCUCUUCAGUAAGACCAAUGUUUGUCUAUGGAGAUUGCAUGGCGGUGUGCUUGAUUUUUGGCUGAUAUAGCCAAUCCACUAAUUUUGUAUAUAGACCUACUGAAGGUAUUUCUUCAGGGUUUGAAAAAAAGACUACUCUGAUGCAAAGCAAACGUCUCUUUACCAUAUGAUCCUUACUAGACGAUUAAACUCAACCCGCGAUUUAUGGAGUUGAGCGGUGACUAGUGUGGGCGGACUCGAGCUCCGACUUCACAUAAAAUGAAGUUUUUGUUAAAAACGACUGAUUUCUGCACUCCAAGAAUAGCCCGCAAUACACACAACAUUGUUCUGGGUAAUUGUGGGCAAUUCUUUGGGUGCUGAAACCAGUCGAUUUUGACAAAAACUUCAAUUUAUGUGAAGUCGGAGCUCGAGUCCGCCCACACUAGUCGCCGCUACUCCAUUGUAAAUAGUUACGUUUAGUCGGCUAGAUCCUUGCAUAAUUUUACGCUGCACAUGAGAAUAGCCACUGCUGUUUGAGGAAAGCUCUUAAGGUGGUGGUGGGUGGGACUAGUUUCCCUGUUGAAAAUGCUUACCACAAGUGUAAUGUUUUGCAUAGAUGUGAAUUCUGUUCCCACUCAGAGCCACUAACUUUCUGUUUAACAUUCUGAGAACGUUUGUUUUAGUUGCUGUGUUGAACACCCUGCCUUCUCCCUAUGCCAGUGGGGAUUCCCGGGCAUUAGCAUUGUGUGGGGAGCUGGCAGGCUGAUCAGAGUGCUAGGCCACACUGUGCUGACCCAGGCAGAUAGGAAUCUAUGUCUGACUGGUUCUCUAAUCAUUGCAUAUCAACACCCAUCAGACCACACAUUCACGCAAGGAAGGCUAGCUGAUUUUUCAUACUUCUUACUGUAUUGGGGUUGUGGUGUGCUACUGUGCUUGCUACCUGGCUGGAUAUUAUCACCAGACAACCUGGCUGGAUAUUAUCACCAGACAAUCUACCUGAAAGUGUUCAUGCGCAACCCUACAUAGACAGUCACCCCCUCUAGAAUAUUUGCACACAUUUUUGUAACCAUAUAUUUGGGGGAUUCCUCAGAUCAGAACUCUAAGAACAGGCUUUACAAAAACCUUGAUGACAACACACCUCUCCCCUGUUGCAGAGAUGCUACGAGCACAAGCAGUACAGAAAUGGACUCAAGUUCUGCAAACAGAUCCUCUCCAACCCAAAGUUCACCGAGCAUGGAGGUGAGGCCUGCUUCAACAGCUACUACUCUCACUUGUCUUUCAGUAGUCGGAAAGAACGAAAUGACUCAACAACCAUCUGGUCCAGGUUUGAUAUCAGAACUGGAUGACCAUGGACAUUUUCUUAUCCUUUACUCUGUUUAGAACAUGAGUGAUGGUACAUCCUCUUUUGGUGUAGUGUUUUGGCUGUAACUGACACUAAUUCCUCGCUCUCUCAUCUGUCCCUCAGAGACACUGGCGAUGAAGGGCCUGACCCUGAACUGCCUGGGGAAGAAGGAGGAUGCGUACGAGCUGGUGAGACGAGGCCUGCGCAACGACCUCAAGAGCCAUGUCUGUAUCCUUCUAUACUAGGGCUAAUGAGGUGAGGAUUCAUAUGAAGCUCCUAUUCAGAGGCGCGAGGACAUUCACCAAAGGCUCCACAUCAUAAUAAGACCAAACUUUCUACUCCAUCCCACAAGCCCUUACUGCGCCAUGUCUUCCCCACAUAAUCUAGACAGGGAAUGGGAGAGAGCUAGAUUGGCUCUGAUUGUUACUGUUAAGGCUAAUAGUAUAGGCCUGGUUGCAUUAAUACAGGGUCCACUGUUUUGAUUUGUCACCAUGAGUAUUACGUUUCUCUGUUCCCAUGCACUUUCAGUCCUCCUCCAAAAGUUUUUUUUUUUUUUUGCAAGGGAUUUUGUUUCUCUGAGGGUAUGUCUGUUUUGCCUCCUUAACCUUUCCUCUCCCAGGCUGGCAUGUGUACGGUCUGCUGCAGCGGUCGGAUAAGAAGUACGACGAGGCCAUCAAGUGCUACCGCAACGCUCUGAAGUGGGACAAGGACAACCUGCAGAUCCUCAGGGACCUUUCACUGCUCCAAAUCCAGAUGAGAGACCUGGAGGGCUACAGGGUGAGGACCUGGAGAGGGGGCGAGAGUCUGUCUCCUCUCAAGUAUUCUCUUUUGCUUUGUGUAUAAUUAUCCUUCUUUCUUUGUCUUUUCUGUCUCGCUCUUUCUCGCUCUCUCUCUGCAGGAGACCCGCUAUCAGCUCCUGCAGCUGCGUCCAGCUCAGAGGGCCUCAUGGAUCGGCUACGCCGUGGCCUACCACCUGCUGGAGGACUUUGAGAUGGCCGCCAAGAUCGUCGAAGAGUUCCGCAAAACACAACAGGUGAGCUUGGCUUGACCUCUCUCUGACCUCUGUUUUUGAGUCUAAGAAGUCUCAUUGAUUACUCUGUCGUGUUCCUGUAUCACCGGUCUGUCAAUUAUUCUGAUUGGUCACCCUGCCUGGAUCAGUACACCUGAUUUAAUAAUUUGUCUGUCAGUAAUUUAUUUGUUGGCUUUGUGUUAGUGAAUCUCAUUGGUCUCCCUAUCUGUGUCAGCAAAUCUGAUUGGUGACUGCCUGUGUCAGUAAAUGUGAUUGGAGGUGCUGUGUUGUUUCAGACAUCGCCAGACAAAGUGGACUACGAGUACAGUGAACUGCUGCUGUACCAGAACCAGGUGCUCAGGGAGGCGGGGCUGUUCAAGGAAGCACUGGAGCACCUCACAACCUAUGAGAAACAGAUCUGUGACAAGCUUGCUGUGGAGGAGACUAGAGGUGUGUCUGUGAGCGAGGAAGGGAGAGAGUGAAAAUAUGCAUAUGUUGAGUGUUUGCGUCAGUGUGUGGUGGAGAGAUGUGUAUAGAUCUAACAUGAAUCAUGUGAUCCUAUCUGUCCCUGCAGGAGAACUGCUGCUGCAGCUAGAUCGCUCGGAGGAGGCCACAAAAGUCUACCGACAACUCCAGGAGAGGAACCCUGAGAACUGGGCCUACUACCAGGGUCUGGAGAAAGCACUGAAACCAGGUAACCUUUGAACCCCCACUGCUACCCAUCCUAUUCCCACUGGACCCUCUCACCAGUCCCCUCUGUAGCAUGAGUCCUCUCACUACAUUGGCUUAUGUGUUUUGUAGAUUUUCUGACCAGAUUUGAAUCUGUGUAUGAAUGCCAUGCUCUGACUGUUGGCUUGUGUGUCCCCAGCUAGCAUAGAGGAGAGGCAGAAGCUCUAUGAGGAGGCGUGGGUAAAGUAUCCCAAAGGACUGGUUCCCCGGAGGCUGCCUCUCACCUUCCUCACAGGUACAUAAGCCUGCCAUUAUCAUUGCUGUGUAAUUAUCCAUGGAAUGAUGACCUCCUUAAGACAACGGCGGAUAGACGCAAGCAUGAGGAAACGUGGUUUGUGGAACGCUAGAGGAUGGGGGGUUGAUGAGCGCCAUUCACUUUUCUUUUCAGGUGAGAAGUUCCGUGAAUGUCUGGACUGCUAUCUGAGGAUGAACUUCAGUAAAGGCUGUCCGCCUGUCUUCACCACUCUGAAGUCCCUGUAUCACGACAAGGAAAAGGUGAGGGAGAACCACUGCCAUUCCUUAGGCUCCAGCAAGUCACUGAAAUAACAUGCCUGCCCUGGACUGAGAUGUCAGGGUAAUCCUGUGUUUCUUUGUUCCCCUCUGUAGGUGUCAAUCAUUGAAGAAUUAGUGGUUGGAUACGAGACGUGUUUGAAAAGCUGUCGAAUGUUCAAUCAAAAUGGUGAGUGCCAUCAGAUUUUCAUGUGUUAUGAGAUCUAAUAGGAAUAGUAUUAGAAUCUCAUUACGUGUAUAAGUAUUAUUGUGUGUGUGUGUAGAUGGCGGUAAGGAGGAGCCCCCCACAACUCUGCUGUGGGUCCAGUAUUUUCUGGCACAACACUUUGACCAUGUGGGCCAGCAGACGCUAGCCCUGGACUACAUCAACACAGCCAUCGAGAGCACACCCACGCUCAUAGAACUGUUCCUCAUCAAGGCUAAGAUAUACAAGGUAACAGACACACACUUUCUAGAGCUGCCAUCAUAGUGAACAUUUACAGUGUGACUCAACGUGAUUAUAUCACUCUUCUUCUCUGCUAAGGUGUCUGUUGAUUUGGACUAUUACUCUCUCUAUCUUUGUGUCUCUGUAGCAUGCAGGUAACAUAAAGGAAGCGGCCAGGUGGAUGGACGAGGCCCAGGCUCUGGACACUGCUGACCGCUUCAUCAACUCAAAAUGUGCCAAGUACAUGUUGAAGGCCGGUCUAGUCAAAGAUGCUGAGGAGAUGUGCUCCAAGUUCACACGGGUCAGUGUGUGUGUGUGUGUGUUAAGCUGUCUGUGUGGACUGUACGUGUGUGUUGCCUUAAAACCCUUUGUGUCUGCCUCUGUGUGUGUGUUGCUGACUAUCUUUGUGUUUCAGGAGGGUGCGUCGGCAGUAGAGAAUCUCAAUGAGAUGCAGUGUAUGUGGUACCAGACAGAAUGUGCUCUGGCCUACAAGUCCAUGAACAAGUUUGGAGACGCACUCAAGAAGUGCCAUGAGAUCGAGAGGGUACGUUUUCUAACCUAAGAGAGGGGAAAGAAGGCACUUAUUUUAAUGAUGAAGGUGAUUAGUAAGUUAGAUUUCCCUCCCCCUCAAAAUGUGCUCAAAUGAGAAGUCAAUGUGGUCCCUGUAUUUAGAGAUGGUCAUGCAGAUUCACAGAUUACGGUUAAACCUGUAUAGAUGGCCCAGUGGUAGUGCAGGUCUGCUCUCACAGUGGUUGGAUUUCAUCAUAACCAUCUCUGUUCUGUGUCCCAUCAGCAUUUUGUGGAGAUCACGGACGACCAGUUUGACUUCCACACGUACUGCAUGAGGAAGAUGACGCUGCGAUCCUACGUGGACCUGCUCAAGCUGGAGGAUGUGCUGCGCAUGCACCCCUUCUACUACAAAGCUGCCCGCACCGCCAUCCAGAUCUACCUCGGCCUGCACGACAACCCACUCACCGACGACAACAAGGAACACCAGGCCGACGCCGGUACGUGUGUGUUUGAGAGAGGGAGUCUGUCUGCGAGACCCCAAACUGAUGCUUGUUUGAUAUCACUCAUUUGAUGUUUUCUACAAUGGUUUUUGAUUUGGUGUAGUGUCUUGAUUGGUAAAUGAUCCCAGUGACUGAGUGACCCGUUUGUCCCACAGAGAACCUGAAUGACAAAGAGCUGAAGAAGCUGAGGAACAAGCAGAGACGAGCCCAGAAGAAAGCCCAACUAGAGGAGGAGAAGAAGAACGCAGAGAAGGAGAAACAGCUGAAGAACCAGAAGAAGAAGAAAGAGGAUGAUGACGAGGAGAUUGGAGGACCCAAGGAGGAGCUCAUACCAGAUAAGCUAGCCAAGGUUUGUGUGUAGCCUGUAGAAGAUGAAGGAAUGACUGAGGCCUAUCCCGACAGACUCCUCACAGUGAGCCCUAGUCGUUGGAAAUGCCUCAAAGAACAAACCUGUGGUUUCGCUUUACCCUCAUGGCUACUGCGAUUAGCCCUGUGGGAUAUCACUGCAGAACAUGGUGAAAUUACACCAAUUAGGAGACUGAACAGUUUUUUGGAAAAAGACCCAUGAUGUUUUCUUGUAGGUGGAGAACCCACUAGAGGAGGCCGUGAAGUUUUUAACCCCCCUGAAAAACCUGGUGAAGAACAAGAUUGAGACCCACCUCCUGGCCUUCGAGAUCUACUUCAGGAAAGGUAAAGGAACAAGAUGCUGAUUGACGUUCUGACACGAGAAGAAUCCGGUACCUUUUGUCAAUGAAAACAACUUUAUUUCCCUCUCGUAGAGAAGUACCUGCUGAUGUUGCAGUCGGUAAAGAGAGCGUUCUCCAUGGAGCCCUCCCACCCCUGGCUGCACCAGUGUCUAGUGCGCUUCUUCAAAGGAGGUACAGUAGAGUAGGGCUGUCACACAGCCAGGCUGGGGGGCCUUGUCAUUACCUACAACUCAUACUGUCUCUGAACCCUCUUGUUGAAUUGUUACUGGGAUAGUUGUCUGUGUUUUGCUACAAAGAUCUCUACCAAGUUCUGAUUCUAUGCUGUAAUGCAGUGGUCACCAACCGGUCGAUCGCGAGGCAUUCCUAAUCGAUCACCAAACAUUUCUGUAGAAAAGCCAACGAUAAAGGUUGUGAUGAAGGCUUGCGCUCCUUUAUAAUUUUUUUACUCCUUGAUCACACCGACAGCGUCGUUGCAUUUUGGUACACCAGAAGUACCUUAAUUUCCAAUGGAACGCUGCGUUUGCCUUGCAGCAUUGCUUGCAGAGGUAGUUGCAGUGCGUUCUGUGUGGUGCAUACGUUGGCUUUAUUGAACGUAUGCCUCAAACUAUGUGUACAUGGCUUGACAGAAAUGGUAGCACAAUGUGAAUGUUGAACUUUUGUUGCACACAUAUCCAGAUUAUGCUGCAUAGCAUUUUGCGCAACAACGCUGUCGGUGUGAUCGAGGCAUUAUUUGUGUUGCGCUGUUGGCAGUAGGUGCUCUUGAUUCAGAAGCCCUGCACACCUGGUAAGCAAAGGGUUCCUAUUUUGAACCAUUUUAUUUGUCUGAAAAUACAAACUCCGCCUACCCGGCGGACUGGAAGAUAUGUGGCUAAAUCGAGUGCGCCUACUGCGCUGGCCAAUCGGAUAGCUCAAAUCACUAUGCCUACAGAGCUUCCACAACUGCGGCCAUAACAAAGUUUGAUACUAGUCUACAUAAGAUUUAAUAACUUUUAAAACCAUGGCCACAGAGACUGUCAAAGAAUACAGCGAAGAGCUGCUGUUUUUGAGUGAGUUCAUGUUGACUUUUUUUAUCCAGCAUUGUUUUUAUUCAGUACUGUUACAAAACAAAACGUGCUUCUCCCUGCUUUCACUCGCGCUGCAAUGAAUGAGUAGCCAAGUGUAUCGAUAGCCCUGCGUUGUUAUUAUUAUUAUUAUUAUUAUUAUUAUUAUUAUUAUUAUACGUGGUCCUCUGUAGCUCAGCUGGUAGAGCACGGCGCUUGUAACGCCAAGGUAGUGGGUUCGAUCCCCGGGACAUUUACAUUACAUUUACAUUUUAGUCAUUUAGCAGACGCUCUUAUCCAGAGCGACUUACAGGAGCAAUUAGGGUUAAGUGCCUUGCUCAAGGGCACAUCGACAUAUUUUUCACCUAGUCGGCUUGGGGAUUAGAACCAGCGACCUUUCGGUUACUGGCACAACGCUCUUAACCACUAAGCUACCUGCCGCCCCAUACACAAAAAUGUAUGCACGCAUGACUGUAAGUCGCUUUGGAUAAAAGCGUCUGCUAAAUGGCAUAUUUUUAUUUUUAAUAUCAAGGAAUAUUUCACUUUCUCUGGUCAUAGGAACAACAUGAAUUUGUGCAUUAGGCAGAUGUGGUGUGACUCGAGUUUCGCCAUCAAGUGGAAGACUGUGUCCCCUCUCUCUGGUCAGUCUCACCGGAGGAAAGGAAGGAGAGAGCAGGGACAGUGAGAGGCGUACCCUCUGCUGCUCUUUCCCUCUAUCUGCUGAGACUGUGUUCAAAACAACUGUGAUAUCUGAAAUCUCUGACUUCAGUGUGUUCAAGACAACUGGGAACUCAGGGGGGAAAACGAUCCAACUGGGGAAAAAUAGUUUUGAACGGUCAUCCAACUCGGAAUUCCAAGUCGGAAACUCUGGCAUCUUUCUAGACCUCCGACUUUCCGACCUGAAGAUCAUUGGCGUUCCCUGUUGUCUUGAAAGCAAAUUAUUUGGUAAUUAUUUCAAUUUAUGCUCAGCUGUGCCUUGCAAGUGCUACACCAAUAGAUCUAUUUUCUAAUCAAAGCUUGUUUUGAAAUAUAAUCUGGUCUGGGAACAACCAUAGGGCAGGCAUAUAGCCAAUAUGCUGUUAUAAUGUAUUAGGCCUACUGCACAUACCUAAUUCUUACAUAACUGUUUUUAUUAGGUUGAUGUAAAAAAUAAAAUAAAGUCAUGUAUAAAUAAAUAACAAUCUGAGCGGUAGAUCUCAGCUUGUUUUUUGACUGCGAAAGUGAUCUUGACUCAAGGUUGGUGACCACUGUUGUAAUGGGUGUGUUCCUUCCUCAGUGUCAGACAGUAAGGACCUACCGGAGGCUGUGAGGACUGUUUUGAAGCAGGAGAUAUCGCGGCUGUUUGGGGAGAGCAACCCACAGAGCUUCAACAAGAACUACCUGAGCCAACACUCCAACUCUAUACCACAUCGUGUGGCUGGUACGCGUGCACACACACACACUACCUGAGCCAACACUCCAACUAUGCCCACAUGAGACUUUACUAUUACCACACACACACAGUGUGAACUUGACUGAUCAGUACCAUGUUGUCCCCCUGCAGCUGCUAAGAUGAUGUUUUAUCUGGACCCGUCCUCGGACAAGAUGGCCUCUGAGCUGGCUACGGCGCUGGAUGAGUCCCUCACUGGGAGAAGCAUCACGGUGAGCACUUACUCACUGAACUUUUAUCAUCCUUCUACAACAUGUUUAUAUUGAAAUUUAACAAGUACUUUUGGCACAGUAGUCCCAUAGAUGCGGUAAAGAGGUCAAUGGAACGCAGACCGGGGGAUAGAAGGACGCUGGAUUGGUGCACAUUCAACAAAUCUGAUCUAACAAAGUGGAUAUUCGUCAAAUCUGUCAUGACUGACAGGCCCACAAUGUGGUUACUGAAGUCCGAUUUGGCUGUUUUCGCUGCAUAUCAUAAGUUGUCCCUUUUCAGGUUUACAAGAAGUUACUGCUAAAUGCUAACUCCUGUACGUAUAAGAUGGUAGCAUAGCUAGCAUACAGAAAUCAGUGGUGGUAGUCAGUUGUUGUUUUUAACUGUAAUGCAGUCGAUUGGUUACGAUGACAUGAACAUGUAUUGCAGUUGACAUCCAUAUAAGCAUUUUACUCAGAUUUUUACCUCAACAUAGUGUGAGAUACACAUUUAAACAGUAGCCUAAAUGUAGGGUAAUUUUGCUGAGGGGGCAAUGGAGAUUCGGGAUCUUUCCCCCACAGCAUCUUUACCCCAAGUGUUUCCAUGCCAUUUCCAUUGUUUUGGUCGAGUUCCAUUGCCCUCUUUACCACAUCUAUGCCUGAACCAGAAACAGUAUUUGGAAAAACAAAGGCAAGGAAUAAUGGAACAAUUGUGAAUAUGGUGUGACCCAAGUCUAAGCAGACACCCUAUCUUGUCUUUCCUGUCAGAUCUGCACAGAGGUGCUGGAGGCGCUGCGCGAGGGAAAUCUGGGCGACGGGCAGCAAAAGGCAGCAGAGGCGUACCGCGCUGCGUGUAACAAGCUGUACCCCCACACCCUGGCUUUCAUGCCCCCUGGCUACGAGGACAACGCCACCACCAUCAACACCAAUGGAGACCUGUCAGCCGGCGAGCACGACGACAUGGCAAACGACAUGUGA